AUGGUCUUCCUUUACAGGUAUACAUCUAUCCUAACUAUACAGUGUGUACAAAUAAUGCAGCGAAGAGUUGAUGAGCAGCAACAGAGAAGAGUGUCAGCAGGAGAGCCACAAUAUCCCAGAGUUAUUGCCCCUUCUGCACAGAGAUUUGAAGGAGGAGAUAACCUUAUGUCUUUUCCACUACAGAAUUUUCCAUUGAACCAAGGGGGUGGAAUGCACCCUGGCCAGGCACCAAAUGCCCACCAUGGAGUUCAGCAACCAGCACAUCAACAAACUCCUAAUCAGUCAGCCAUACCACAGGUCAUUCAGCCGCCUCAGGAUGACAAACACAAAGCUAUAGUCAUUCAAACAGAUCCAAAACAAGACACUGCUGCACAUACAGCCCAAGUUCAAGGUCAACAGCAACAGUUUCAGAGGUUAAAGGUUGAGGAUGCAUUGUCUUACCUUGACCAGGUCAAGUUACAGUUUGGUAACCAACCACAAGUUUACAAUGACUUUCUAGACAUCAUGAAGGAGUUCAAAUCUCAAUCAAUUGAUACACCAGGAGUCAUCAGUCGUGUGUCCAACUUGUUCAAAGGUCAUCCGGAUUUAAUUGUGGGAUUUAAUACAUUUCUUCCCCCAGGAUAUAAGAUAGAAGUCCAGGCUAAUGAAAUAAAUGUCCACCAGCCAGGACAACAAACUCUAUGUAUCCCAGUGUCAGGGGGACCGGUCAACCUUUCCUCGAAAGUUCCUCCUCCAGCUCACAUACCUAGCAGUCAUAACCAUAGCAACCAGUCAUCUCACCAUAGUUACCAUCAAUCACCUCGUCAUAAUCAGGAACCAGUUGUCCCUGGUAACCAGCAUAGUACUCCAGUCCAACAACAGCAGCAGCAGGCUGGACAACCAGUCGAAUUCAACCAUGCAAUAAAUUAUGUCAACAAAAUAAAGAAUCGAUUUCAUGGUCAGCCAGAGAUCUACAAAGCAUUUCUAGAAAUUCUUCACACUUAUCAGAAAGAACAGAGGAAUCUCAAAGAGGGAAUAGUGACGAGUUACAAGCCUCUGACAGAAGCAGAAGUUUAUUCACAGGUUGCAAAGUUAUUUCAAAACCAGGAAGACCUAUUAGCUGAGUUUGGACAGUUCUUACCCGAUGCCAAUGGCUCAUCUUAUGGAGGCUAUUUGAAUAUGCUACAGAAUGACUCGGCACUAGGAGUCAGGAACGAUCAUUCAUCUACAGUAAAGAAACCAGGCAUGAAAAGUCAGAUGAAUAAAUCCAGUCAGCAUAGAAGGCCCUCUAGUGGACAACAGCCACCACAAAAGAAACAGAAGACUGGUACCCUGAAGGAUAUAUCAUUGGCUGAAGCAGGAAGAUAUGGAACACUUACUGAGUUUGCUUUCUUUGACAAGGUGCGUAAAGCAUUGAAGUACCCUGAAGUAUAUGAGAACUUUUUACGAUGCUUAGUACUGUUCAACCAGGAAGUAAUAUCCAGAUCUGAGUUGGUGCAGUUAGUUCAAACUUUUCUUGUUAAAUAUCCAGAAUUAUAUAAAUGGUUUAAAGAUUUCCUUGGUUAUAAAGAAUCUGGUGGAACUACAGAAUCAAUACCCAUGGGAGCCACAGGGAAGGAAAGAGUUAGUGGUGAUCUUGCUAUGGAAAUAGAUUAUGCAACAUGUAAAAAGUAUGGAACAAGUUACAGAGCUUUACCUAAAUCUUAUCCUCAGCCUAGAUGUACUGGGAGGACGUCAUUGUGUAAAGAGGUAUUAAACGACACAUGGGUAUCUUUCCCGUCAUGGUCAGAAGACUCCACUUUCGUUACGUCAAGGAAAACACAAUAUGAGGAACAUAUAUAUAGAUGUGAGGACGAACGGUUUGAAUUAGACAUAGUUAUAGAGUCCAAUUUAUCUACAAUUAAAGUGCUAGAAGGUGUUCAGAAGAAAAUGUCUCGUAUGAACUCUGAGGAAGCAGCUAAAUUCCGUCUAGACAAUACAUUAGGUGGAUCCUCUGAAGUUUUACAUAGAAAAGCUAUACAAAGGAUAUAUGGUGACAAAUCUCCAGAUAUUAUUGAUGGCCUCAAGAAAAAUCCUGUUGUAGCUGUACCAUUAGUGCUAAGAAGAUUAAAAGCAAAAGAAGAGGAAUGGCGGGAAGCUCAGAAAAACUUUAACAAAGUGUGGCGAGAACAAAAUGAAAAAUAUUAUCUUAAAUCUUUGGAUCAUCAGGGCAUUAACUUUAAACAGAAUGAUGUAAAAUCAUUACGAUCUAAGGCUUUGUUAAAUGAAAUAGAGACAAUAUAUGAUGAGCGACAAGAACAGUAUAAUGAAAGUAGUAAUGAACCGUGGAACCCACAUUUAAGUUUACAUCAUAAAGAUAAAUCUAUGUUAGAAGAUGCAGCUUCAUUAAUUAUUCAUCAUGUGAAACGACAGUCAGGGUUAGCGAAAGAACAUAAACAAAGAAUAAAGCAAUUAUUGAAACAUUUCAUUCCUGAUUUAUUUUAUACUGCCAGAGGAGAGCUGAGUGACGAUGAACGAGAUGAUGAAGAUGGUAGUGAUCAUGAUGAAGAAAAAGAAGAUAUCAAAGACAAAGUGAAAGUAGAAAAAGAAGAUAAAGUGAAAGUAGAAAAUGAAAGUAAAGAAGAAGAUAAAGAAAAUGUCCCUGUUAAGGAGGAGUCGAUGGAAGUAGAUGCAGAUGUAAAAACAGAAGAAGAUUUGUUAAAAGAAGAGACACCAAUGGUUAAUGGAGACAUUAAUAAUGAAGAUUCAGAUAUGGAUGAUGAUGAUGUGUAUACAUUAAUGCAUAUAAACAAUAACUGGUACCUAUUUUUCCGACUCCACCAUAUAUUGUGUGACCGGCUAUACAAGAUAUACUCCUAUUCAAAUAAGAUUGCUGCAGAGGAAGCACUUUGUCGGAAAGAUCGAAAGGAAUCAACGGCUAUAGCUCUCAGACUAAAGGCCCCAAGUGAAGUGGAACCUGAUGAAUAUUACUCCUACUUCCUGGAAAUGGUCAAAAGUUUACUGGACGGCAACAUGGAACCUACUCAAUACGAGGACCAGUUACGGGAGAUGUACGGGAUUCAUGCCUACAUAGCAUUUACUAUGGAUAAAUUGGUCCAGAACCUAGUCAGACAGGUACAAAAUAUGGUCUGUGAAGACACAAGCUGUAAAAUCCAUAGCAUGUUCCAAGAUGAGAGGAAGAAUCGUGCCACUGGUGGCCGUGUAGCCACAUACCACCAACGUUCCAAUGCUGAAUUGGCUUACCAGAAAGCUACAGAGCAUUUACUGACAGAUGAAAACUGCUUUAAGGCCAUGCUGUUUAAACGUGACUGUAAAUUAACGUUAGAGUUAUUGGACACUGAGCAUGAGCAGUCAGAUGAUCCUGUCGAGGUCGAGCGAUGGUCAGAGUAUGUAGAGAAAUAUGUGGCUAACGAUGACACGGUGUCGGAGGAUCUAAAAGAUCAACUUGCCAGAAAACCUGUGUUCUUACCAAGAAAUGUUCGACAAUGGCGACAAAGGAACAAGAAUGAGAAAAGGAAAGAUGAAGAAGAACAGGAAGAUGGUGGCUCCACCUCUCCCAAAGCUAAUACCGAUGACAUGGACAUUAUGGACAACACAGAGUGUAAAUUUAAUGUCAACUCGUUUAAAAUUGUCUACGUCGUCAACAGUGAAUACUACCUCUAUAAAAGGACAGCUCUUACUAAAGCUAGAGAGUCUCACAAGAGAGUGUCAUUAAAGAUGCAUGAAAAGUUUGAAAACCUGGUGUCUAAGUGGCGAGAGGAAAAUGUCACUGAAGACAUGAUGGAGAAUAGCGAGCAAUGGAUUAUGGGAGAAACGGGUGAUGUCAGACCGAGUGAGACGACGAAACAUCUUAUAUCAGACCACAACCGAUCUCCUUACUACGAUUAUCAUAAAUACAAAGCUGUUUUCUUUAAAGAGUCAGAAACAGAUGAAUAAAUGUUCUUACCUGAUGAGUUUAUUCAGUUAGGAAAUCUGGUUAUACGUUAUAGAUUGUGUUAUUGCCUGAAAUACUUUUUACAAGGACUAUUCCAUUUAAACUGAAAGGGGAGGGAGGGAUAGAAAGUUUUAUUUUUCAGAACAUGGAUCAGGGAUCAUUUACGGUUGUAUGUCUAAUUGAUGUGUGCAAAAUUAUUGAAGAAAAGUAUGCUGGUUGUAGGGGUACUUUAGAAGUCCCUUCGUUCACAUUUUAAUGGAAUAGUCCUCCCUUCAUACACAUUUUAAUGGAAUAGUCCUAACAAUGAAAGAGUUGACCUACCAAAUUUAAGUAUCAUAUCUUUUUACACAAUUUGGUAAAUAUUCUGAAUUGUUUAUUACUUACCUCAUAACUAAGAAAAUGUUCUAUAUGUACUUCACAACUUUAGUUAACUUUUUGAAUUACACUGCCAGAAUGGCAAACAUUAAUUAAGGAAAAAAUAAGAACUUGUUGAGUUUUGUGUUUUAUUUUAGUUUAUACAGAAAUGAAUUAUGACUUCAGCUGUUAAAGUUUUCAAUUCAAAGUAUGUAAAUAUGAAGAGAUUACUGUAUUUGAAAUAUUUAACUGCAUUAUAGAAAACUACCAGCAUUCAAUAAAUGUAUGCAUUGAUAUGGGUAAAGUACUGCUGCACCACAAACACUUCAGCCUCUUUUCAAUAUGGUAUUCAAUGCAUUUGUUAAGAGUCAGAAGGCACUUUUAAUCAACACCAAGCAUAAUUAAUAAUUUUCUCUGACUGUUCUGGACAUUUUUCUAAAAUGAUUUUCCCUGCCAUGCAGAAUUGAUUAUUGUUCUGACCAUUUUUCUAAAACUUUCCCCACCCAUCAAAUUUUGAUAAAAGUGCUUAUCACCUCCCCUCCUCAUACAAACAGUUCUGGAACACCCCCUGGAAUAAGAAACAUUGCAGACAAUAUGUAAGGACGAUUUGAAGACAAAAUAAUAUUUACAGAGCUAAUAUCACUGCCAUAUCUCUGAUCACAUGACUGAUAAAAUGGCUGCAAUCUCUUAUAAUAUCAUGUAUGUUUCAUAUUUUAACUAUGUUGAUGAUAAUAAACUUAGGUUUGUCCCAAAUAACGUAUAAAUUUAUUAAUGUUUCCAUGUAAACCACCUGCUUACUACAACCUCCUGCUUACUACAACGGUUUGGUAUUUUUUAUGUCAUCACAUUAUAAUUGUUUGACAUAUGAAGACUGUAACACUCCACCCCAAAAGACAUGUUGAUAAAUAGAAUUGAUUUUCAGUAACAGGAGACUUUAUUUUUGAAAUAAUUCUAAUUAUACCUUUCUGGCAUGCUAAACAAACACCAAUACAGUAAAUGAAAAUAAAGAAUGGCCCUGUCAGUAAAGAUGGCAUCAAUCUGGUCAAAAAAUUACUGAAGGCUGGUCAGUAAUGUGAGGAUGACCACUUAUUUUGGUCUUAAUAUUGACUACCUUAAAGAAGUCAGGACAUUAUGUAAUUCUAUGUAAAUAUUGUGUGAUAAAUUGUAACAUUAAACCAGUCAAUAAUGUAAAUAUUUGACCAAUGAAAUCUGUUUAUUUAUAUGUUAGAUAGACAUUGUACAUACCAGUUUUUACAUUGAAUCAUCUUAUCAUUAAUAUCAAAUUAAAAAAAAUUACAAUGUACAA